CAUCACCUCGUUGCCCAGCUUCGCUUUUCCCAUACAAAGCAAUACGCACAGCGCGCAUAUUGAAAGAAAAAUAACGAUCUCUGCCUAGCUUUGAAUAAAGAAUAAACAUUGUGAUGAAGACGCUUUCGCCUGUUGGAGAAUCUCACGCUUUUACGUCACAAAGAAAUCUUUUAAACAGUCAAGUCCAAACGGCUGAAGAUAAUGCCGAAGAUUAUCCAAAUGACGCUAAUAUUGGGUAUGAAACAGUGUGCAGAAUACAAGACGAAUAUGGUGUACAGUCACAUUGUGCAUGGACUUGGGAUUCUUUAUCAAUGUCUAGCUGUGUAAAUGUUGGCAGCGAUGGUGAGGUUUUGUUUCAUCCAGAAUACAGUUGUGGUACAGCAGCUAUCCGAGGUGAACAACCUUUUGAGCUUGGUGCGCAACAUUACUGGGAAAUUAAGUUUACAAGUACAGUUUAUGGAACUGAUAUGAUGGUUGGUAUUGGUAGUUACUUGGUUGACUUAGAUGUCUGUAAGUCAUUAUUUGCCAGUUUCUUGGGCCGUGAUGCAGAAAGCUGGGGUUUAUCAUACCUAGGAACCAUUCAACACGAUGGUAUUACUAAAUCUUAUACAACAAAACUGGAACGUGAUGAUGUGAUUGGGAUACAUCUUGAUUUAUGGCAUGGUACCUUAGCCUUUUAUAACAAUGGAAAAUUUUGUGGUAUUGCUUUCCAUGAUUUGCGAAAUAAAGAACUUUAUCCAAUGAUCUCCUCAACAGCUGCUCGUACUAAAAUGAAACUUGUUAAGAGUACAAGUAUUCCAACAAGUUUACAGUACAAAUGUUGUGUUCAAAUUGGAAAGUGUCUGUCUGGUUUAAAGGAUUUGAAGCAUUUGCCACUCCCCCCUGGUUUAAAGCGUUACAUCAACAACCAUAUGGCAUGGGUGAUAGACAUUAAUAGUUGUGAUAACAUGAAGUUUUCACUUUAGUCAACUUUGCUUUUGUAUAACAGCUUAAGGCUCUUAAUUCAGAUCAUCUUUGUAUUUUCAAACUACCAUGAGUGUUCUGAGAUAUUCUGAUUAAAAAUGGUUACACAAAACCUGGAGGGAGUUAAAAUAACUUUUAAAUCAAAAUUUUAUAUUUAAUUAUGAACAAGGUAAACAUCUUCACACAGGAGUCUAGAUCUUCUGUGUGCAUUGUAUAAAGUUAUAUUCAUAUAAGUUAAUAGCAUGAUAAAUAAUAUAUUAAUUACACAAAACUUUUUUCAUCUUAUUGAAAUGGAUAUGGCUAUAGAUUUUGAAAUAAAAUAUAGAAAACACUCAUUAUAAA